CCAAACCUGUGUGAUAGCUUUCAGCUGUACGACUCAACGGCGAGAGCGAUUGUCAAGGAAUAACGUUUUUGAAUGCAAUAUUUUUAAAGUCACAGUCUUUUAUCUAAAGAAAAAUAAAUCGGGCUGCAAACGAGCUGGGUGUGUUACUUUUAAUGCGAGUGUGUAAAGUCAACACGGCAGGCUCUUGUGUUAGCUCUUUUGCUAGUCUCAGCCUUUGUUCAACAUUCAGACCAGCAUGGCCAUGAUUUAGGAUUUUUCAUUUAACUUUUGCAUGCUAACUCCUAAUGAACUAUUCUGUCAACUGAAACUCCCUGCGGCUUUUGUUUCAUUUUGUUUCAAGCAGUAAGAUAUCAGUUUAUCGUUGUGUGUUUAUAUGAAUUGCGUCUCUGCUCAGUCGUGCACAGCUUGCGAUGGAGCGAUGCGCGGCUCCGCGGCCCGAGAGCACUUCCCCACCGGACCCGGUGACAAGCACUGAGAGCGCAGCGGAGACCGGAGGAGACGCCGAUGUUUACGAGUGUCGGAUUUGUGGUUAUAAAGUGACAAACGUUAAAUGUCUCAGUCAGCAUCUACAAGCCGCUCACCCAGUUACCAGCCUUCCUGACUCGAGCUCGCUGGGCAACAAGAGAUGUGAGACACAAACGGAGUGUGGAGGAGGUGUGGGCGAUGAUGGGGAAACAUCCUCCUUGAAUGGCGAGUUGGCGAGUCAUGUUAGGGAAAAACCGGUCACCCCUGAGGGAUCUAAAUCUCCUUCACUUCACACCCCUGAAGAAUCAUCCUCCACAGCAACCCAAGAACAGGAAGAGAGGAUGGAAGUCUCGCCUGUUCCCAAAGCCACGCAGAGCUCAUCCCUGGUGUCAUCACAGGAGAAGUCCCACUGUUGUUCAGGGUCUAAGCACCCAUGUGACAAGCGGCAGACUGUACCAUCUGGGUCAUCCAUCCAUAACCCGACUAACCUGGUCUGUCUGCCAUUGGUCUCAGAGGGACUGAAGCUUAUUUGGGUGCGCUCAGAACAGAUCCAACAGUUGGAUGAAGUAUCUGAUCUUGUCGCAGCGUUUAACGCAUUUCCCUACCCCACAUCGCAGGAGGCGAGCGCUCUAGCUCGCAAGUGUGCGUUACCACCAGACCGAGUGAAAACGUGGUUCAUGAUGCAACGGGUACGCUACGGAAUCAGCUGGGGGGAAGACGACAUCCAAGAAACCCGAAGGAAGCUGUGCCACAUUCAGAAGGGAACAGAACCUGAAGAAUGUGAGGAAGUCAACGAUGAGGAGGAAGAGAGAAGGAGCUUAAAUGAAAUGCAGCAGGUUUUUAAACGGCCUCCUGUUGCAGAGGCCCGUAUAGAGCAGAGAGAGCACACAAAUAAACCCAACCACACUGUUCCACAGCACACAGUCAGUGACCAAUGCCGCUUUGAUGUCAGCCAGAAUAAUAUUGACUCGCAAUCUAACAAACAUGGUCAGCAGUUACUUAGUUCAAAUUUAGUCUUCAGCAAUGGUCUCGAACCUUUAUCCCAAGCUCUACAGAUGAAUUCACAUUUACACAUUGAUAGUAAAAACUUACCACCUAACAAUAUUGGAGUCCCGGUUUUUGAUGCCUAUGGACAAUCACCAAACAUGAUAAUGAACGACCAAUACACAGCAGCUCAUUACCAUUCAGGACCAAACCCUCUACCCCAGUCCUUCCAAAGCUUUUCAGGGAAAAAAUCUAAAGCUCAACUGAUGGCCUUGCGCCGCAGUUUCGUACGGAAGUCUUGGCCCUCUGAUGCCGAAGUCCAGCACCUCCAGAGAACGACUGGACUCAGUUGCCGUGAAAUUCGGAAAUGGUUUGCCGACAGCCGCUACCAGCUUCGCAGAAAUGGCCGAGCUUGGCUGGCCAAGCUCGCAAAGCACAAUCGAUCAUUGCAGCAAGAUCAACAACAAGACUCCCUGGGUCAACUUGAUAAUGACAGUCUACCAAGUGGCAGUUUGUAUAGCAACAAUGAGGUCGAUAACACAGAGGCACAAUUUGAGGUAGAUGUGGAUGAUAAUGAAGGGGCAGUCAACCAAUCGAAUGACAGCAGACAGGAAAUAAGCGACGAAGGAGAGUUAGAUGACAACAAAAGUUCCAUUCAACAGUACUCUGCAGACCGCUCCACCUCUCCUCCUCCUCUGUCAUUUGCACGUGGCCGAGUAGAACCAAGCGUGCGACUACGUAAGAAAACAAGAGAACAGUUGGAAAUUUUGAGACAAAACUUCCUUCGCUGCCAAUGGCCCACAAAUGACGACUACUUGAUUCUUCAGCAGAAGACGGGCCUGACAAAGACAGAGAUUAUUCAGUGGUAUGGAGAUACCCGUUAUCACGUCAAACACAAUCAGAUGCGCUGGAUGACUUCACAGGAGAGACAGCGCAUCAUUGCCGCCGUAACCCAACAGCAGAAAAGGAGCGGGAAGUACUCACGGGGCAGACUCUUACUGGAGGGCAUGGGCUCUGGGUUGGGUUUGGGAGAUUCUGCUUUUGUUAAUGGAACCAGUAGUGAUAAGACAACAUCAUGGAAUGUACUUUUUAGCGGAAGUAACCCAGUACUGCCCGAGGGCGAGCUUUGACCUGAGAAGCAAAGGCAGUUUGUAAAGGCAUUUGUAGCUGUGCAGAUAGGUGGAAAUUGAAUUCCACAUCACUGCCAAAGAAAGUUUUUUUUCCCUCUUAACCGUCUUGUUAUCUCCACCCAUAAUGCUAUGAUCCAGGGCCUUGUAGAACCUCUCUCACAACUUUGUUAUGCAAUAUGUAUCGCUUAGCUAAGCAUCUUACUUGAAUAAAAAAUAUUUAGUAUUAGGUUAUGAACCUAAAGUGAUUAACACAAUAUGAUGUGCAGCAAGGCACUGAGUUACUGUAAAAUGUAUUAUCUUGUUUAAUCAGAGUUGUAUUAAAUUGUGAUUCUCGGUGUGAUUCAACAGAGCGAGUGCAUGUUUGUUUUCCAUUUCUAUGUUUAAGUUGCACUUUGAGCUUGGAUAUGUAGAUGUUUGCUUUUAUAAACAUCAGUUAUAUUUAAGGUUUUCAGCAAAACUCCAAAGCUUUAGAUCCA